ACUGAGCAGCGGGAGUGCGCAAAGGCAGCAGGCAUGCACCUGGAGAGAAACCGCCCCGCCAAUCCGAGCGAGGGCACAGCCAGAGCCGCAGCAGAGGGCGGACUGAAGCUCUAACAGCGGGGAGAGAGCAGCAGCAGCCGCAGAGACCCGAGCGGAGACCCGAGCCGCAGCAUGGGCGAGGCUCAGCCCAACUGAAAACGAUGUAAAUCCACGGACGUAAAAAAAAAUGGGUGGGUUGGUGGGAACAUAAGUAGGAUCAGAGUUAUCCCUGUCAGGCUUGGUUUGGUGUUUCUGAAAUCCACCAGACUUUUUUCCCUUGCUAACCUCAACUAAAAGGAUGGAGAAAGGCGCGCAGGUUUCCAAAAGCGCUGAGAGUCCGGCGGAGGAUAUCUCCAAAAUCAGCGACGAGGAGCUGCUGAAGUGGGGCAAAGAGGAGCUGGUGCGGAAACUGCGGAGGGCAGAGGCGGGGAAGAGGAGCGCCAUCGUGGAGCACGGCAAUCUGAUGCGGGAGGUGAACCGGAGACUCCAGCAGCACCUGAACGAGAUCCGGAGUCUAAAGGACGUGAACCAGAAACUGCAGGAGGACAACCAGGAGCUGCGGGACCUGUGCUGCUUCCUGGACGACGACCGGCAGAAGGGAAAGCGUGUUUCGAGGGAGUGGCAGCGUCUGGGCCGCUACAGCGCUGGCCUGAUGAGGAAGGAGGUGGCCAUCUACCUGCAGAAGCUGAAGGAGCUGGAGCAGCGCCAGUUGGAAGUCAUCCGGGAAAACCUGGAGCUCAAGGAGGUGUGCCUCAUGCUGGAGGAGGAGAGGACUGCGGCAGUGGCUGGAGGAGUUGUGGGGGGGAAUGGAGGAACCGGGCGUAGGAGCUCCAUUGACAGUCAGAGCAGCUCGUCUCAAAUGGGUGGAGGUGCCCCAGCACCUGGCCUGCUGCGGGAUGUAGGCGAUGGAAGCAGCACCUCCAGCGCAGGGAGCACGGACAGCCCAGACAACCUCAAACCCCCCCUCCUUGGCUCCAACACCAGUCCUGGGUCAAGAUGCAUCUCUUCGGAACACCACCGGAAACCAGGAGAUGUGUGUGAAUCCACAGGAAGGAGGCACAGCUCCACCCCGGAGUACUACACAUUCCCCCAGUCGUGCCGCCCCCGAGGGGGAUCCCUCACAGACUUGGACCCUCGUGGCCUUCGGAGUCACAGCCAGGAGAAACACAGUAAGUCUCCCACCAGGAUACCAUGUGACUCCAACCCAAAACCCCACAGCUCUGACCUACUAGCCCACAAACAGCUAUCUAUGUCAGGGCAGGCAUCACCCGGCCGUGGGAAGAACACCGCCAAGUCAAGCCCAGAGCUGGGUCAGAGACACCGCUCAAGUCACAUGGGGGGGGCAUGCUGUGGAAGUCCGGAGGCCAUGCUUGCAGCGAUGGGGACCCCAGAGCACAUGAGGAAAGGGCGGGUGAUCGUGGGUAGUCCGGAGUCUAUACGGCACCACCAGCACUAUCAGCACAGCCCCGGGAUGGAGCACGGUAAGGGGAGGUUUAGCGAUGGAUCCCCAGGCAGGGAGCAGAGGAGAGCAGCGGGAGAGGAGAUGGCUCCCCACCACCAUAGUCUGUACAACGGUAGGCAAAGGGAAACAUGUGGAUACACUGGGGCCGGAGAAUGUGUACUGGCUAUAGUACCGGUAAAAGUCAAGUCCAGUCAAAGUGAGAAGGUUGUGGAGACGUAUGCCUUCAUGGACCCAGGAAGUACGGCAACUUUCUGCACUGAAUCACUGAAGACACAGCUGAACGUUCGAGGCAAGAAAACUACGAUCCUACUCCGAACUAUGGGUCAGGAGAAGCCAGCCCAAAGUUAUAUCUUGUCGGACCUGGAAGUGUGUGGACUUGAAGAAAGGAAGUACAUUGAACUCCCUAAGGUCUUUACAUGUAAAGAUAUACCGGUCAAGAAAGGAAACAUCCCCCUGCAGGAAGACCUAAAGAAGUGGCCAUAUCUGAAGGAGGUGAAAAUCCCAAAGAUAAAAGAAGAAGUCACCAUGCUUAUAGGAACCUACACCCCUAAAGCUUUGGAGCCACGGCAGGUGAUAAACAGCAUCAGAGACGGGCCCUAUGCAGUUAAGACUAGGGAUGGGUACCGAGCCCCGGUAUUAAAGGAGCCCCAGGGCUGA